GUGGAGCGGCUGCGGGAGGCCGGGCUGGGCCUGGGCCGCCUGCACCUGUUGGGCGUGGCGGGCGAGGUGCUGCUGCUGCACCCGGGCCGUGCUCGGCGACAGCUGGAGGCUGCGCUCCGUGCCCACCCCGGGCCUUUCAUUGACGUGGCGGCAGCGCGGUCCGGUCCUGCGCUUUGCGGCCCAGCUGAGGCUGCGGCCAUCAGGGACCACGUCGAGGCCCUCCUGGGCCACCUCGUGGCUGCGGAGGAGGCUGCCGACAGCCCCGUGUCCUGCAGUGAGGUCGUGGCCACGGGUUGGAAUCUCUGCACCGUGUUUGGGGUGCUUCUGGGCUAUCCAGCAGCCUACACCUUCCCGGUGGAGGGGGGUGCUGAGAAUUGCCUGGCACUGACGCCACUCAGGGUGUUCAUGGCCCAGGCCUCCUGCCUCAGGAUACAGGGAGGGCUCCGGGUGCAGAUCUGCUCCUUCAGUAUCCCCGAGAGCCUCUGCAUGGAGCUGCAGGAGGUGCUGGACGCCUGGAGCAAACAGCUGAGGGAUGACUUCUGUGCACAGAGCGACUUCAUCAAUCUCUGCAUUUCCAGCGAGGUGGUGUUGCUGCCAGCAGUUGCCUUGUGACAAACAGACAGACAAACACUGGCUUUUCACCCUGUUCCUCACAUGCCUCAGGGAGUGAGGUGGGGAACCCACUGAGGCACUUUUGGGAGGCCUCGUGCAAGAACCAGAUGGGUUUGGGCCUGACCGCUCAGACCAGGUGUGGAUCAAGUCCAUGCAUGUCCCAAAUAUGUGGAUGAACAAACAGAGCAGCUCCACAGCCUGGAUCCUGACUGUGGAGUGUGUUAUUGUGUGUAUUUAUUUGCUGUGAACUACUGAGGAUUAAUAAAAAAUGCUAACACGGCAGUAU